CGCAGAGCGGUUGGACUGCCAGUCGGGAAGAUGGCGGCGGCUAGAGAGACUGUCUUUCCAGUUGUUUUACCUCGCCUUUCGGGCGAUUGACGUUUAAUCCGACCGGAUUCUAGCGACGGCUUGAUUCUAGAAGAGUAGCGACCGGGAUUCUGUUUAAUAAUGACUUGACAGCAUGAAGAAAAAUCAUAGCGUGACAACCGAUUCUAGAAGUGAUUCCGCCGAACUCCCGAUAAGGCUUUACAGGGCAAUUUCUGAUGUUGUUCGACAUUUGGAUGAUCAAAGAGCUCGGGUAGAACAUGUGAGCGAUUUGUUUUCGGAGAACAUUGAAGCUCAAAGGAUCAAACUUAGAGAUUACUGUGACAAGCUUAUGUUCACCGAUCCUGUCGGGUAUGGCAAAAAAGCUGAGGAUUUGCUUUGGAGGAAAGUAUUUUAUGAAAUUGUUGGAACAGUCAAAAGGUUGAAUAAGACUGCCAAAAUGGAUUUGGCCGAAAUGUGCAUGAUACAAACACAUCUACAAUCUGGCAUUGGUUAUUACCACCACCUCAUUAUGAAACUUCAGUCACAUUUUCGUUUGGACCUUCGUGGAAUUGUUGAUUUUCCUUUGUUAAUUACUGAUUGUGGUCUUAAAAAAGAUAAGAAUUGGUGGAAUGGCAAGGCCAUUGAAAGCAGCGCUUUAGAAUGGGCUCACCACGCUUUACACCGUUGUCUCAUUUAUCUCGGCGAUAUAAGCAGAUACUUAUCUGAUUUGCAAUCAUCUUAUGAUCAUAACUUUGCUCAGCGAUAUUACGUGCAGGCUCUAAACUGGAAGCCUGAGUGUGGAAUGCCGCACAACCAGCUUGGAACUUUGGCAACAAAUCAGAAUUAUGGACUUGAUUCGACCUACUAUUACAUGAGAUGUUUGUGCUGCACACAAAAGUUUGAAGGCGCUGAAGGAAAUCUUUUACACCUGAUGGAAAAUAACUGUAAAAUCUCAGAUGAAAUCACUAAAGGAAAUAGCAAAGUUAAUGUACCCAAUGUAAAAAAGUUAAUAGUCGCAUUCAUUCACAUCUCUUAUUCUAUGUUUUAUGAUAAAAUUAAUCCACAAAUAAAUCAGUUAUAUGCUGAUGCUUUUAUGACUUUGGAAGCUUGCAUGGCAGAAGUGGAAAAUAACAAGAACAAGGUCCAAAGCUCAAUAACAGAACCAACAAUUUUAAAUGAUGAUAUGCUCUUUAAAAUGAUGGUUAUAUCCAUAAUGUGUGUUCAGCAGCUUAAGGCUAAAAACUCGCCUCAGAUAAUGGGAGGGGUUGCCCUGUGCCUAACACUCAUGUCACAGCUGGUCCAAUGUGCCUUAAAAAGAAUCGAAGCCAUUUUGCCUCCACGUCUUGAGCCGUCAUCAGCCAAGAAAAACAGUAGCCAACUUCGUAGGAGAAGAAGGCGUAAAAAUAUAUCUACUUCAGACCUCAGCGAAGAUGAAAAUGAUUCAGUCUACAGCAUGGAUUCUGAUAUCAGCGAAGAGGACCUUAUUUUUGAUGAAUGCAAUGAUUCAGAGGAGGAAAUGGCCAAUGGUAAGCCUGCGGUGAAUGGUAUACUGGAUGAAAAAGAAAAUGCAAAUACCAUGUUGGAUUCUGAUCCAACAAAACCGUGGAGACAUUCUUUAGUUUCAAGAGAUAAAACAUUCCAACAUAUUUUACAGUUGUGUCAAGAUGGAUUUCUUUUUCAGGCGAUUAAGAUUGGCUUUCACUGGAUCUUCAGUAAUCAGGUAUUCUUAAAAUCCUGUGGAACAAGUUCAAUUCCAUUUCUAACACGACUAGUUGAAUUUCUUAACCAUCUCAGUGGAAUACCAAGCCUAAUGAAUCUUAAAGAGAUUUUUGAUGAUGAUAUUGUUACUGAGGAAACUGUAUGUACUAUCCCUCUCCCUGAGGAUGUUGCUGUAAGAGGUCUCAGCAGUUUACAGCUUGCUCAGGCAAACUUGAACUGGGACUAUUUAAGAACCAUGCCAUUGAAACCGAUUGAUGAAGUUUAUACAAGAAUUGUUGACAUGCUGAGGUUUGGGAAAUUGAUAUCAAAAGCCCAGAUUUCAAUUCUGACUUAUGAUGAAGAGAAGCAGUGGUUUGGCUUGCAAGCUGACAAGGCAGUUGCUCCCAAAAACGGCAUUGUUAAUCAUCGGGUAAGUGAUUUGGCAUGUUCUACUAUAGAUUUUAAGGAGUAUUAAAGCUACUCAGUAUUA